AUCGAGACAUUUCCGAGCAGACCCUGAACGCAGCGGCAACAUAAACGGCCGUGCCGACUCGUCAGAGUAAACUCGUCCAUCUCCUCAUCCUAAGCAAAAAGAAAGGAAGAACCGAGCAACAAUGAAUGUCUCUCACGAAGUAGGUUUGCUGGUGGAGGAGAUUCAGCGACUCGGCAGUAAAAAUGCUGACGGUCAAACCAGCGUUAAGUUCGGAGUGUUGUUUAACGACGACCGUUGUGCCAAUAUCUUCGAGGCGUUGGUGGGCACCCUGAAGGCUGCCAAGAAGAAGAAAGUUCUCACCUUCCAGAGUGAGUUGCUUCUGCAGGGCGUCCAUGACAACGUUGAUAUCAUCCUGCUCCAAGAGUGAGACAGACACUUGGACCAGAUGGCCUUCUAUAGCGACUGUGGGUCUCACUGAAUCCUUUGCUGCUGAGCUUCUGUUUCCAGUCACCUUCCUCCAUGUAUCAGGCUCAGUAUUUGAACUCCAACACAGCGACCAAACAGAUUAGACCUAACAGUAAUAUUAAUGGACAUGUCUGCAUAUAAUCUCAUUUGAUUUCAGUGUGCCAAAUUUGAGCAUAUUUUAGGGUUUUUCACGGGGCUGACCAACAGCCACAUUCACAGUGUCAGAUGACAAAGAAAACUGGUGUUUCUCUCUUUCUCAGGCGCUGCCAUUUUAUCAACCACGGGUCUGAAAUGCCAUUUUGAUACACUUUUAAGACUAUAAACGCACAGAUCAGGAAUGUAAUAGAAUGUAUAACGCAUUCAUUUGGGUAUUUCUUUCUUGUUCAUUUUUGGGAGAAUUACAGUAUAGGGUAAUUAUCACAACCAAAUGCCUCUCUCUAUAGCAUCAGUGUCAUGAUAAUGCUAAUUAAUGUGCAUGCAGGUCAAGAUACUGGUUAGAUUUAACAACUUUAACAGUCUUCUUCUAAGAUUUAAUUGGAGUACUCUGAUCUUUGAUAGAUACUUGUUUUUAAAGCUGCACUAGCAAUUUCUCCCUUUAUCAGCCUCAAGUGGAAACAGGAUUUACAGUUCAUUACCCAGAAAUCAUAUGUUGUAAUGAGUUUUUUUUCCACAUAUUAAUCUAGUGCAACUUUAAGACCAUGUAUAGUGUUGGUCCACCAACAGUGUCAUCAAAUGGUUCCAUUUAUUGUUUACUUGAGCCAUUUAUACUACCUCCUGUGGACUUUUUAAAAAGAUGUUAUUAGACCAGUUUUGGAAAUUUAAGAACAAUUCCUUCAUAUAAACUACAAAGACAAGUGCAAGUGCAGUUUUAAGAAAGACUUUUGCACCUUUUUGUACUCGUUGCAAUGUCAGAGAGUGGUUUUUAAUCCAUCUUUUUAUAUGUGGUCAAUAAUGAAUGUUCUCUGCUAAACAAAAACUCCAAAAACUUGCCUUUUGUAAGAAAUAGUUGAUGAGCAAAUGGCAAAUGUAUUUCUUGUGCAAUUCUUACCAAUGUAUCAUUACAGGGUGAUUGGUGCCAAAUGCGAAAGAUGAAUUUGUGAUGAUUCUCAGGACCAAAUCAACAUCAACCAAAAUCUGUUAAAUAAUUGUCCUGUGGCUUAAAUUAGGUGUCUUACUUGUGACACAAGAUGUGCAUUUAUAGUUUUAUUAGUUGUUUUGUUUUUUUCCAGCACUUUUUAUUCUGUACUGUAGGUCCAAUGAAGCUUGCAGAUCAGGUUGACGACUUAACUGUUUCCCACUAUCUCACAAACUCAUCGCUUGCCAAGUUGUAAGCAAAACUACUCAAUAAUCUAAAUUGUCAUUGCUUAGUAUGGAGGCCCAAAGUGGUCAAAACUAAAUGAAUAAAGAAGACAGACAUUAUUAGAAUGAAUACAGACAGCAAAUGUAAUAAAAAAAGAAAUUGUUAUACAAUCACAUGUAUUUUUUAAAUUCAUAUCAGAAAUAUGAAAUGUUGUUUUAUCUUGCGUCUUUUCACAGUAACAUUUCAGGUAAUUUUUGUAAAUUUCCAGCAGUAGUUUUUAUUUUGAAAUACUAUUUUCUCAAGUGACUAUUUAAUUUCAUAAUGCUACUUUUCAUAUUAAAAAUAACAUUUUUAUUGUGAAAAGUAUUUCAUAUUCAAGUUUUCAUAUUCUUUCACAAUUUAACUGGUUAUAUUUCAUGUUUUAUCUAUACUGACUCCUGUAAUUUAUUUAACAGUAUCUUCUUUAUUGUUUUAAUUUUGACCAUUUGGGCUUCUGUAGACUUGGUAACAGUAACAUAUACAAGAAAGACCAACUGUCAAACAGUGUUUUGCUUGAAUGUAACAUCUACUUGGCAGCUGUUGUUCUCAUCUGCAUAAUAUCAGACUUUUUUGUUUCUAUUUCCCAUCACAUACUGAGCCUUGUCCAUGUUUCCACCCACACAUCAGACAAUUAUUUGCUUCUCACAGUGGUAAGAGUCAAGUUAUCAACCUUGUGACUUGACAUCUGGCCGUCUGGUCUGCAAGUUUUAUGAGGCCCACUUCACAUUCACUGCUGUUGUGUCAAUCUAGCUAAAUCUUUUAGGUUCAGGUCUUGGUUGUUUGACUUGAAAUAUCUUUUUUAAAAGGGUUUAAGAGACCAUUCACUUGCUUUAUGAUUGUUCUCUUAAUGGUGUUUGUUGUAGAAAUGGACCACAAAUGUGGAGAAAUCAAGAGAAUGAGCUUAAUUGUGUUCUAAUUAUGAAUGAAACUGAAAAGUAGAGGAGAGAGCAGCUAUGUGAGAUAUAAUCAUGAUGAGUAAACUAAUGGGCUUAAGUAGAAGUCAGUAAAAGUUGUGGAAGAAAUAAGAAAAGCAAGAGUGAGAAAGAAACAUGCUGCUUGCAUCACUGUCAUUUUGGAUUUUAAGAUUAUCCUGCUGUUGUUAGACUCACUGUAUGUCUCUCUGGUGUUGAGGUUCAGAUGGCUUUUCGAAAACAAUGCAAAUCACAAGUCAGCAUUUAGCAAGAGGAGAGAGUUAUGAUCAGAGCGCUGCCAAUACCUCGAGCCAUUUCUGCGUGCAUGAUGUGUUCAAGUGCGUCAUUACUGUCUUUUAUAUUGUCAAUAACACAUUCCUAAAAAAGAGGUUUCUGUUAUUCUGGAAUACACUCUGAAUAAUAAAAUCUUUACACUUGAAGCCUUCA